AUGUAUCCACGAGUUAAAACACAGUCUCACAUCCAACUAUUCUGCAUAAUAUUCAUAAUCCGACUAGUCAAUGCUAUAUCGAUACAAACAUUUUUCCAAGCAGACGAGUUUUAUCAGUGUUUAGAGCCAGCUCAUAAUUUCGUUUACGGGUACGGAUACCUCACAUGGGAAUGGGAUGCGAAAUUGCGAUCGUCAAUACACCCUUUGAUUUACUCAUUGGGGUAUUGGGUAGCCCAAGAAAAUGAACUUUUAAUCUGGAUCGUGCCGAAAUUAAUCAAUUGUGCGAUUGCAACAAUCACUGAAUACCAACUAUUUCGUUUUGUUCAAGUGUAUUCUCAAGACAGCCGUUUGGCGCGUACCACAUUAAUGUUGUCUUUGUUAAACCCGUUUAAUUGGUAUGUUUUGACGAGGUCUUUCUCAAACAAUUUGGAGACGUGUUUGACUAUAUGUACGUUGAGGUAUUGGCCAUGGAAAGGGAAAACGGGUGGUUAUAAUUGGUACCUCAGCUUAGGAUUUGGCUUUCUUAGCUGUAUCAUACGACCCACUAAUGUGUUGCUAUGGGCACCUUUGGGUAUUAUGCUUUUAAAAAGGCAACUUUUCAAUCUUAGGUGGAUCGUGUAUUCGGUAUUGGAAGUGUUUGUGCUAUUUUCAAUAUCUGUUGCUCUUGACCAUUACUUUUACCAAGAAUUCACUAUACCAAUUUACAAUUUCCUCCAUUUCAAUGUGGUUAAGAACUUGUCUAUGUUCUAUGGUGUUGCGCCGUGGCAUUUCUAUAUCUUUCAAGCAAUUCCAUUGAUGAUGAUGCUUUAUUUGCCUUUGAUGUUGUAUGGCUUGCGCAAAGACAUCCUACAAUUCAGCUGUUUAGUCUAUUUGGUGGGGUUUUCCUUGAUUCAACACAAAGAGUUUCGCUUUAUUAUGCCACUACAGCCAAUCAUGCUCUACUAUGCAGCUCGUGGCUAUCAAAAGCUAAGAAGAGCCAAGCGAUUGGUGCCAAUUGUAGUCUUAUUGAACUUUGCCAUUGCACUUUUCUUCAGCAACGUUAAUGAGAAGGGGGCUAUUGAUAUCAUGAAUUUCAUGAAUACCCACAAACAGUCCUCGUUUGGGUUUUUGACACCCUGUCAUUCAACUCCAUGGCAAAGCAACUUGCACAAUCCUGAUCUACAGGCGUGGUUUUUGACAUGUGAGCCGCCACUCCACUUGAAUAAUCCGUCAUUGGGAGAGCUCCAUUCGUAUAGAGAUCAAUCUGAUGUAUUUUAUGAUGAUCCGCAAUCAUUCAUCAAAGAUAACCUCGGUUCAACCUUGGCGUAUCCGGAAUAUCUUGUCGUGUUUUCGCCAUUGAAAACAGUGAUCGAGCAGGAGUUGAGCGAUUAUAUCCUAUACAAGCGAUACUUUAAUAGUUAUUUCCACUGGGAUAGUCGGCGAAGGGGCGACUUAAUGAUUUACAAGAGAGUCGGCGAUCAAGGGCAAAAAGUGGCUUUGACAUAA